CCUAUCCAGUUGCAAUGUGGGAGAUCCUAGAGCCUGCCAGGAAUUAACAUCAAAUGGACUUUUCUCUCACAAAAAUAUAAAAAUUCCGUGCCUAUCGCGUGAAUAGCAGCAGAAGCAGCUUAGACGACCUAUCUUGACUGGUCUUUGGUGUUUACCAAUUCCAGAAGCCACCAUGCAUUCAACAUUGAACCGCGUCUUCCUUUUCUUUAUCACUUUUAAUCUCCCUUUCACCCCAUUUAAUUCCUCUCUAACACAAUUCCAUCUUCAAAAUCCAAUCUUUUCUUCUCCGAUUCAUUUUCUUGAAACCGUUGAGUUCUGCUGAUUUUGAUCAAAAUGAACGAUCUUCUAUCACGAUCCUUCUCCCAGCCCCGGGAAAACGGCGCGUCGCCUGAAUCCCACACCAUCGAGAUGACCGGCGCCGCCAACGGCGGCGGAGCCAACCUGGCCAAGUUUUUCGAGGACGUCGAGGCUGUCAAGGACGACCUUAAGGACAUCGAAAAGAUCCUUAACAGCCUGAAAACCGCCCACGAACAGAGCAAGACUCUGCACAACGCUAAACAGGUGAAAGAGCUGAGGGCGAGGAUGGAUAAAGACGUCUCGCUCGCGCUCAAGCAGGCGAAGCUCAUCAAACACCGCCUCGAGGAAUUGGACAAGGCCAACGCCGCCAACCGGAAAGUGUACGGCUGCGGCCCCGGCAGCUCCUCCGACCGGACCAGAACGUCGGUGGUUAACGGGCUGAGGAACAAGCUUAAGGAGUAUAUGAACCAGUUCAACGACCUCCGGCAGAAGAUCGAGUCCGAGUACCGGGAGACCGUCCAGCGGAGAUACUACACCGUCACCGGAGAAAACCCCGACGAGGAGGUCCUCGACAAGCUGAUUUCCACCGGCCAAAGCGAAACGUUCAUGCAGAAGGCGAUACAGGAGCAGGGGAGAGGGGAGGUGAUGAACACGGUGCUGGAGAUUCAGGAGCGGCACGAGGCGGUGAAAGAGGUGGAGAGGAACCUGAAGGAGCUUCACCAGGUGUUCUUGGACAUGGCGGUCCUGGUGGAGACGCAGGGCGAGCAGCUCGACGACAUUGAGAGCCAGGUCAACAGAGCUAACAGCGUCAUCCGCCACGGCGCCGAUCAGCUCCUCACGGCCAGGAAACACCAGAAAAACACCCGCAAGUGGACUUGCUUCGCCAUCAUACUCUUGCUCAUCAUCAUCUUGAUCGUCGUUCUCUCAAUCCGGCCAUGGAAAUGAUCAGAUAAUUAUCAUUCAAAGUCAAAACUCCAUUCUUGAGUCUUACUUUUCUUCUUCUUCGCCCGGCGGCGGCGGCUGCGAGUAUUCUUUUUGUGUGAUUAUAUAUAUAUUUUAAUUAUUGGAGUGUUUUAUAUGUGUUGGCUGGUUGAAUAGAUUAGGCACCAUAUGUCAAUUUACAGGGGUUUCUUUUGUAUUUAAUACAAUAAAUAGAAGGAUAUACUAUACAUUUCAUUAUUUAUUGAUUUUGCACAACCGGCAUUGACAAUUUAA